AUGAGUAGUAAGUCACGUGCGUGGGAUUACUUCAAAAAGACUAAUGAAAAGUUUGCCAAGUGUUCUUUGUGUAAAAGAGAGUUUAAACUAAGUGGAAAUACUACGAACUUGAUCGAUCAUAUGAAGAGAAAACAUAAUGAGGUAUGGAUGUGGUCAUCCACUGUUUCUGUUACUCAAGACGUAGAUACCACUGAGCAAAAUGAGAAAAUGGGCCCAAGCCCUAAAAAGAGAAAUACGCUAAAAAAUUAUUUUGAUAGAAGUAGUAAAUAUCCAGAUGGGAAAACAAAGCAAAAUUUGGAUAACAAAUACGUGCGCAUGAUUGCUGUUGACAUGGAACCUUUGCGAAAAGGAGAACAUGAAGGAUUUCGGGAUUUUGUAAAUGCUCUCGAUAGUAGAUAUGAAAUUCCUGAUACAACAAUAUUGAAAAAGAAAUUACUGCCGGAAUAUUAUGAAAACGUGAAACAGAAGCUCGUCAUAGCAUUAUCGAAAGCAGAACAUGUUAGUGUGACUACUGACUUAUGGACAUCAAUUGCAAAUGAAGGCAUCCUUUCAGUUACUUGUCAUUUCUUUCACAACGAAAAAUUAAUUGCACCAUUAUUGGAAGUUGUGAAGAUGGAAGGAAGUCAUAACGCAGAAAAUAUAGCCAGUAUGUUGGAUGCUACUCUCUCAAAAUGGGAUAUCAGGUCAAAAUGUGAAGCAAUAACGACUGAUAACGCUCAAACAAUGAUUAACGCCGCAGCCAAACUGCAUAUACGACAUAUACCCUGCUUUGCGCACACACUAAACCUGACGAUGAGUACUCUAGCUAGCGAUAAAUUACGGGCUAUUCAACGUGAAUUAAAUAAACCAGAACUGAAAGUGAUCCAGGAAGUACCCACCCGCUGGAACAGUGCAUACCACAUGCUGCAAAGAAUUGUUACAAUGAAGACAGAAUUAACUCUCGCACUUAAUGAAUGUAAUCGGGCUCCACCAGGAGUCAAUGCUGACGAAUACCUAAUUAUUCAAGAAACAAUUCAAAUUCUGGAACCUUUCGAUCUAGCUACAACAAAAAUUUCCGGAGAAAGCUAUAUAACAUUGUCACUGAUAAUACCAUUGAUUCGUGGAAUAAAAACGAAAUUAGUAGAAGUUGAAUCUCAAAUUGUUACUGAAAGCGGAAACAAAAUAUUACUCUGCAUGAAGGGAUCAGUUGACAAAAGACUAAGUCCCUAUGAAAGCAGGACACCUGUUGUACUUGCUACAAUAUUGGACCCCAGAUUUUAG